CCGCAGGUAAGGUUGAUAUGAUGUCAAAUGUGUAUAAAAUCUUAAGUGUGAAUGAACAUGACGAAUAGUUUGUCAAAGAUGCGUUGUGCGACUCAAGUUAAAACUUUAUUCGUCAAAUUCAUGGGAUUAUAAAAUCUAUUGUUAUUACGACUACCUAAAAAGACAUUAACUAACAUUUUUUUGAUAUCAUUAAUUUCUUGCAAAAAUGUACCAAACAUUUAUAUUUUUAAUCUUUAUCGACAUUGCAUAUACUUUUCCUAAAUAUCUACUAGAAAUUCCAAACGGCUUCCAGGUGCCUGAUCCAUGUCCGUCAGCACAGGGAUCAUUUACAGCAGUUGGUCAUUGGCAGAAAUCACCACAUAUGGAUAGGUUUUCAAUGCAUAGAGGAAUAUUCGAUGCAUUUAAAUUUGAGAGAAAUCCGUUUGGAUCCGAUUUCGAAACACUCAAAGGUAACUGGUCGUUGCUUUGUAACAAAGAUAGCGACGGUGACAUGAAAUCAAACGGCGAAGAAUUGGGUGACCCACAUUGUGUUUGGUCUAAGGGAAAGAAACCUGAAGGACCCGCUACAAGUCAUCCAGGUAUCAAAGAAGUUUUCAAGAACAACAAAGCCAUAUAUAUAAGUAGAACCAUUAAAAGUAUAGUAAACUGUGAAGAUCAAGAAGCUUUAUCAAUUGCAUAAGGCUAUAGGCUCAGGCCAUGACAUUUGAUACAUGGAUCGUUACACGAGGUCAGAGGAAAAUCUUAUUACGACUUAUAUAAAAAAUGUACUUGAACAAUUGUUUACAAGUACGAUUAAGAUAAAUUGUAAAAAUUUGGAAUGACAAGGAAGGAUGAUAAUUGGUAAAAUUGACCUCAUAUUAAGAACAAGUGAUGAACAACAAACAAUUAUAAUAUAUCAUUCUAGGAGUGAUUAAUUUAUAUGUGUAAAACUGACGGAUUUCAUCCUACGUUUGUAUAGUAUUGUAUAUAAAUGUGUUAUAUUUAUUUUGUAUGAUAAGUUAUUAAUUGCUUGUGGACGUGUUUUAGUUUUAAAUUGCAUUUUAUGUUUAAUUCAUCAUUUAUAUAGGAACUAGAAGUUAUAAAUUUUGUUAUAACAUUAUUUUUGUUAUACUAUAAUGAGAAUCAUUUGUAUAUUUAUAGAAAUUGUUCUGAAUUGUUUGCAAAUAACUAGGGAUAGUUAACGCAACAUUGCUGUUGCUAAGAUUAUAUUAGCAAUAUAGAUUUUUCUAUAUGAAUCACUAUUCUUACUUAAAGUCUGCUGUUCUAUGGGUAUCAAUUUAACGCACCUCCUUUUUGUUGUCCGUCCCCGUUCACUUUUCACUCACAUUCAGUAAGAACUAAUCUUAUUGAAAUGAAUGAAAAUAUUAAUAUCCACCAACAAUUUCGAUUUAAAUAUACUAAUGCAGUAAUAAUCUUGUGUUUAGUAUUCACAGCUCGCAUCGUCCAAUGAACUUGAUAUUAAAAUUGGCAAAUGAACUGUUGGCAAGUUAUAGGGUUGAACAAAAAUCUCAAAACUCCCAGCACGACUUUGCGAAACCUUCAAAUUAUACUUUGAAACUUUGAAUGUAGUAGAAUGAAUGAAUGUCAUAAAUAUCCGUCAUACUUUUAACGACAUACCUCAUCUUUCAAACAUUCAAACUUAAGUCUCAUUUUGUAUUCCAGCAUCAUACUAGUCAGUAUAUAAUUAGCAAAUAAAAAAAAUUCAUCGUUUAUUUUUGUAAAUUUAACAUUACAUUUGAUAUUAUCGUGUGUAUACUAACUUACUUUGUAUGCAUGUGUAUACUUUUAUAGGUAUUGAUAAAGUUAACAUUAUUAA